GCCUGGCGGUUGGAGUCAGGUGGUGGAAUCCCGAACCGUAGCCGCCUUAGCGGCGGGAGGAACCGAGGGCAUCAGGCCUGAAUCCAGAGGAGAUUGAUGGAGGCAGAAACCAAAACUCUUCCCCUGGAGAAUGCAUCUAUCCUUUCAGAGGGUUCCCUACAAGAGGGGCAUCGGCUAUGGAUUGGAAACCUGGACCCCAAGAUCACAGAGUACCACCUCCUCAAACUUCUUCAGAAAUUUGGCAAAGUAAAGCAGUUUGACUUUCUUUUCCACAAAUCUGGUGCUUUGGAAGGACAGCCCCGAGGGUACUGUUUUGUCAACUUUGAAACCAAACAGGAAGCAGAGCAAGCAAUCCAGUGUCUCAAUGGCAAGCUGGCCCUAUCUAAGAAGCUGGUGGUACGGUGGGCACAUGCCCAAGUCAAGAGGUAUGAUCAUAAUAAGAAUGACAAAAUCCUUCCAAUCAGUCUUGAGCCAUCAUCAAGCACUGAACCGACUCAGUCCAAUUUAAGUGUCAGUGCAAAAAUAAAAGCCAUUGAAGCCAAGCUGAAAAUGAUGGCCGAAAACCCUGAUGCUGAGUACUCAGCAGCUCCUGUCUAUUCCUACUUUAAACCACCAGAUAAAAAAAGGACUAGUCCUUACUCCCGAACUGCUUGGAAGUCUCGAAGAUGAUAAUUGGGAAGAGCUGUAGCAGCCAAGAAAACUGCUUUAUACACCUAAAAUCUCUGCCUUUGUACUUUGUAGAUUUAAAUGGUACUAUCCAAGAGCACAAUCACAACGUUAGAGUUUUGUAACAUGGCAUUUUAAACUUUUCUUAUGGCUAUUCCUUGCCCAAAGUAUGUAUAGAAUUGAACACCAUCCAGAAUAAAUUGGAUUGCAUCCAGAGCUCUGACUUUAACACAGGGAUACUCUAGUUGACUGAGCUGUUUGCAUUUUGUGAGUCCAGAAAUGUUAUUCAAUAUAUCACACAAAGAGAAGCUGAUUGUUUUAACCGAGAAAAUUAAAUUUGUCAAAGUGGUCAUUUUCUAAAGAAGUAGGAAUGAAUGGGGUAGAAAAUUGUGUAUUCUGCUUUGCCUAAAUGUCUUCAAAAUCUAAGGGCAGCCGCCAGACCUGGUGGGAGAAGGUGACCAGAGACUACUUUUGUUAUUCUGUUUUUCAAUUGUGUUCAGAGGUGUCCCCAAAGUUUUACUGUGUGGAAAUGCCUCAAAUAAGAAAUGAAAAAGAAAAGUUUUUUGCCAAAGAGAAUAGGUCUUUAAUCUGUUUAAGCAUUCCUUUUCUCUUGUUUUAAAUUCCAAAUAGGAAGGUAUAAUGGAUGUCUGAAAACUAUUUUAAAGGAGAUAAAUAUAUAGAGCCCAUUGAUUUUUGUUGUUGUUGUUGUUUUUUAUUUCACCAAGACAAUUCAGUCUUGAAAAACUUUUGUCAAGCUAAGGAUGCAUCUUUUAAAAAAUAUUUAGCCCAAUGAACUAGUAAACCUAUAAGAGUAUUAAUGAGAAACUUAUAGAAAUUACAAGUCUGCCAAGGCAGUUUUAUAGCAUGAGAAUGCCUUUUUUCAGAACUACAUUUUGGCCACUUUUGUGAGCAGUAAAAUGAAAUAACUCUUUUAGCAAAUGUGAAAGCUAAACUAGUCCUGUCAAGACACUCUCUUUCCUAAUCUGUCACUCUUAAUUCAGUAGCAGAGAUUGAGCUUUGUUAUGGGAGAAGGGAAGUAGGGAAAGUGGAGGGAAUAGAAGCAAGGACUUUGUAUAAUAGGUAUUAUUUCAGUCAUUGGCCUAGUAAUUUAGAGAUUUCCUUUGAUAAGAAGUGCUAUAUGACUGUUAAAAUUUACUGUUGAUCUGAAUAAGCUGUACUUUUUCCUGUAAACCUAGAAUGUGGCCUAUAAUCCAGGUUGAAGUGUUUUUUGUUUGAUUAAAAAAGAUCUCUUUUUAAGUCACCCUGUUUUCUGACAAAUAUGCUUAAUUUUCAUAAUAAACCACCUUUUUGUUUUCUAUUUUAUUAGACUUUGAAAAGCCCUUAUGAAAAAAGAAAGGUGAAAAUAACCAUGAAGCCAGUGGGGAUGGUGUCUCUGCCAAAACUAUUUUAAUUAUUUAGGAUAAAUUUUGGCCAAGUGUUUCUUUGGGUAGCUUGUUCACUCCUCCAGGUCAUUCAUUUAUACUGGGUGAUACCUAAAUUUAUAGUCAAGAAGUUUCCUCUAUUUCUUUAUAAUAAAGCAUGCUCUUUCUCUAAAGCAAUAUGAGCCUCCUUAUAUUUGUUGAAUAUCAGAAAUGAAGCUUCUUGGCAAUUUCACUGCAUCAUGGUAUAGUUUCAAGAAGUAUUGGAUUUAGAGAAAUCUUUUGUAGUUGAGGGAAAGGGGGUUGUUUAUUAGUUGGUUCUUGGUUAAGUAUCUCUCUUGAGCUAUCUUUAGGUAGCACAUAUUGGCAAUUAAGUAAAGACAUCUCUUUGGUGCAAGUGAUAACCUUUUCCCAUUCAGAAAGAUGGGAGAGCUUGCUUGGCCAUUGUCUUAUAGAUGGUAUCCCCAGCAGGUUUGGGAUGAAGUAGGACUUAUUUAGUGCAAACCAGUCUUCUAUUUUUAAUAGGAAUUUUGAGAAUAUUUGACUUUGAAUUAUAUAGAGCUGUUUCCUUUAGAAACCAGAGCUAUUUAUUUGUAUUGAAGGCAAUGUUAUGAUUUAUAGCAAUUCUUAUUUCUCUAUGUGAAUAAAUGGAAGAAAAUGUUGA